AUGUUCGGUAGGUGGGCCAUGGUGGGCUCGUCUUCGUUGAUGAAUCUUGUGAGGUCACCCCCCAACCUUGCACCGGACUUGCCAUUCGGCAAAGGAAGAAAAUUGGUUUCAGGGUUUAGAGCUGGACCUUGGUGUUUCAGCUCGAGUGGGCUCGGAGCUGGGUUGCACGAGGGUCUGCUUCGGGGCCUGCCGUUCGGCAGGGCCCUUGCCCUUUCAGCAUGGAAUUUUCGAAAAGGCUUUUGUUGUGCAUCCCCGUUGAUGCUCUUCUAA